AUGGAUACUACUAUUGUUGACCAAGAGAGUGAUACAGUGACACCACAAGAUCAAUCAGAGCAUGAAGAAGCCAUCGAGUACAGUGGAGAUACAAGUCACUCAACAGCUGAGAAUGAGGAGCUUGAGAAUGCAGCUGGGACUGAGAUUGCUACUGAGGAUGAUAAUGUAGUAGCUACAACAAAAAAAUCUGCAGCAGUGGGCCAACGUAGCAGAAGAGCUCCAAGGUGGAUGGAGGAUUAUGUGGUGAACUCUGUUGUUUCAAACUCUGAUGUGGCAGCAUCUCUUGGAGGAGUUGAAGGAAUUCUUGAACAUACUUUAUUCAAAGGAACAUAUUUUCCUACCUGGGAAGGUCUCUUCUGGGAAAAGGCAUCAGGUUUUGAGGAAUCUAUGAAGUAUAAGAAGCUCACCAAUGCACAGAGAUCUGGUCUCAACCAGAUACCCAACCGUAGAUUUACACUUUGGUGGUCACCAACCAUUAACCGAGCCAAUGUUUAUGUUGGUUUCCAAGUGCAGCUAGAUCUGACCGGCAUUUUCAUGCACGGGAAAAUUCCAACUCUGAAGAUAUCUCUGAUUCAGAUAUUCAGAGCUCAUUUGUGGCAGAAGAUCCACGAGAGUGUUGUCAUGGAUCUUUGUCAGGUUUUGGAUCAAGAGUUGGACGCUUUGGAGAUUGAAACUGUCCAGAAGGAGACAAUCCAUCCUAGGAAGAGUUACAAAAUGAACAGUUCUUGUGCAGACAUCCUUUUCUUUGCUGCCUACAGAUGGCCAAUGUCAAAGCCUAGUCUUGUAGCUGAAUCCAAUGAUGUUUUUGAUCAGAAGGCUAACAAUAAGUAUUGGAUUGAUGUUCAGCUUCGGUGGGGUGAUUAUGAUUCUCACGAUAUUGAGCGUUACACCAGGGCGAAAUUUAUGGAUCACACAACAGAUAAUAUGUCUAUAUACCCAUCUCAUACGGGGGUUAUGAUUGGCAUUGACUUGGCAUAUAACUUGCAUUCUGCAUUUGGGAACUGGUUCCCUGGAUCAAAGCCAUUACUUCAGCAGGUCAUGAAUAAGAUUAUGAAGUCAAAUCCUGCUUUGUGUAUUUUAAGGGAGCGAAUCAGGAAAAGUUUGCAGUUGUAUUCUUCUGAGCCAACUGAACCAUAUUUGUCCUCUCAAAACUACCGAGAGAUAUUCAGCAACCAAAUCAUAUGGCUUGUUGAUGACAGUAAUGUGUGCCGUGUUACAUCUCACAAGACUUUUGAAGGAAAUCGUACAAUGAAACCCAUUAAUGGUGCCAUUUUUAUUUUUAAUCCAAGGACUGGGCAGUUGUUUCUAAAGGUUAUUCAUACAAGUGUGUGGGCUGGUCAGAAGCGUCUUGGCCAAUUGAUUAAGUGGAAAACAGCAGAAGAAGUUGCAACUCUUGUAAGGUCUUUGCCUGUAGAAGAGCAGCCAAAGCAAAUUAUUGUUACCUGUAAAGGAAUGUUGGAUCCAUUGGAGGUUCACUUGCUGGAUUUCCCCAAUACUGCUGGAUUUCGGGAUCUUAUUUUGAAGGCCACAGAACCACAAAUGGUCUUGUUCAACAUUUAUGAUUGUAGAGAAGGGAUUUGA